GAAUUGCAGCGACGCCAACAUACGUAAGCCACAUCAUUGCAGUUGCUGGCACAGACUCGCUGAACAGAGUUACAGCUUUCUAUCAAAAGUGCGGGUUCGAGAAGAAAGAGAACGAGAUGGCCAGAUAUGCGCCCGCCAAACCAACCCAGUCACCCAGAUUGUAAACUUCAGGAACAUGGACUCUAGUGUACCUAUCAUCAUCUACGUCGGAAUACUCACUACGAUAGUCAGAAGUAGACGACUUUCUUCGUCUUUGGGGGUUCAGCAAAAGACCUCAGAGUACCGGUCAGAGCACCGCGUUUUACGUCGAUCUGUCGCUUCGCGCGGUCUUCUUGCUUUUCGUCUUUGUCUACUUCAUUCUUCACUCUUUUGAGACUGUGGAAAUCAUCUUCGUCUGCACCCGCAUUGUCGCCUGUGCCCCAGACUGUCGCAUCCUGCCUCGCAUCU